AUGUCGCCUAGUACGACAUUGUUAGAAAAAGCUAAGUUUCUACUCAAAGUGUCAACAAGGUUUUGGGUCUCUGCAAUAUUGCAGUCGGGUGGUCUGUAGGUUAAUAAAAAUCUAAUUUUAGUAGAGGCGGAGGAACUAUUGACGUUAGUAAGGAGGUCAAAAGCCAGUAACUCACAAAAGUGUCUGCAGUGACCAACCUCGGUGCCGCAGUCCACCUCGCUAACCAGCAUGGAUUUCCGGUACAUCAGGAGAACCCCGCCGCCGCCAGUUCGUCGGUGGUCAUUGCGACGGUCCGCUCGAAAGAAAUUGUAAGAGUUGUUAGUUAGAAAUGAGUCUAGGUGAACUUCGUUGAAAAAGGUUUCCGUGCAAAAACAGAGGUCAAUUUGAUUGGCAGUGAGAUAAUCUAAUAAAUUGAGAAAUUUAGUAUUGGAAACCAGUGACCUACAGUUAAUUAGAAUACAUUUAAUAAAGUUUGAGGACUCACACACGGAGAAGGUGAGGACUCACACACGGAGAAGGACACACACGGAGAAGGUAUUUCUCACACAAGUACUAAAUUUCACGAAAUAGAUGUAGGGAGAAUUUGGGAACAUAUGUGUCGGAACUUGUGGUGAUGGAGGGAAGAGGACUCGCGGUCGUGUUAACCCCCCACUUGAGUAA